AUGGAAAAUAAAAGGAUAGCAUCAAGCUUGAGAGAACUGCGAAACCGCAUUGACUACACGGACCAGAACCGAAGCGAUGACCAAAGGAAAUUCGUGCUAUUCGGAUUAGAUGAGCACCGCGGAGAAACGCAAGAUGAGCUUAUUUAUCGUUUAUCAGUACCAGUUACUACAGCUAUAGUGCAUCUCGAGACAGCAGAUCUCGAGGAGGUAGAGGCGCUGUGUGUAACAAUGGAGCCCGGAGAGGUGUGUGUGAAGACAGAGCCCGGAGAGGUGUGUGUGAAGGCGGAGCCCGGAGAGGUGUGUGUGAAGACGGAGCCCGGAGAGCUGUGUGUGAAGGAGCAGGAGUGUGAGGACAGCGCCGGGCACGGAGUGAGCGCGGCGGCCGUGCGGGCCGGUCUAUAUACCGACCAUGAGGUCAAGGACGAGCUUGUGCUGGGCCCCGAGGAGUGGCACCGCCCUAACGGGUUUCAAGUGUGUUCGGAGGGCAGCGCCGCCCGCGCCAGGGAACAGCUCGCGAUGGUUUGUUCCGUGGUGCUCGAGCGCCUCCGCGACGACGUGACUGUUCACAGUGGAGCCAAACCAUACGGCUGCGAUCACUGUGGCAAACGUUUCAAAAUCAAGUUUAGUUUAAGGAAACACAUUCAACUUACGCACUUGUCGACCAGGCAAAAAAAAAUUGCUUGUGAUUUUUGUAGUUCUACAUUGCAAACUGAAACGCUUGUAUUAGAGCACGAAAAAAGCGAGCAUGGUGUCACAAAUUUCAUGUGUGCUGAAUGUGAGUAUACAACGAUUUACAAGCGAAAUUUGCCAGCUCAUUUAAAAACUCACACUAUAGACAAACUAUUUAAUUGUACCCACUGCAGUUACAAAACUCCGUUUAUAAGUGAUUUACAAAAACAUCGAGCUAUACACCAGAGGAUACAUACUGGAGGAAAGCCUUUUCAUCUAUGUAGUUACUGCGACUACAAGGCACGUAAUAAAGUUAACCUAGAACGUCACAUAAGAAUACACACUGGCGAGAAACUUUAUACAUGUAACUACUGUGAUUGCAAAUUCAAUCAGAAAUCAUUAUUAAAAACACACCAGAUAACGCAUACUGGGGCGAAGCCAUUUAAAUGUAGCUAUUGCGACUACAAGUGCAGUCGGAAAGAUCACUUGCAAAAACACCAGAGGAUACACACCGGAGAAAAGCCGUUCACAUGUAGUCAUUGUGGCUACAGGUGCAGUACUUUGUUUAGCUUACGAAGACACGAAACGAAUCAUACUGGCAAGAGGCGUUUUACAUGUAGUCACUGUGAUUACAAAACUUCUCUCAAACAAAACUUACAAACACACAUAAGAAUACACACCGGAGAAAAGCCGUACAAAUGUAGUCAUUGCGACUACCAAUGCAGUGAUCAUUCUAUGUUACGAAACCACGAAAGGAUACAUACUGGCGAGAUACCUUUUCAGUGUAGCUACUGUGAAUACAAAACCAGUAAGAAAUCACACUUACGAACACACCAGAGUAUACAUACUGGGGAGAAGCCAUUUAAAUGUAGCGAGUGCGACUACAGGUGCAGGCUGAAACAACACUUAGUAUCACACCAGAGGGUACACACCAAAGAGAAGUACAAAUGUACUCAUUGCGACUACAAGUGUAAUUUUAGGUCAAAGUUACGAAUACAUGAAUUGACACAUACUGGUGGGUAGUAUUUUCAAUGUAGCUACUGUGAUUACAAAUGCACUACGAAAUCACAAUUACGAGCACACCAGGUGAAACAUACUGGGGCGAAAACAUUUACAUGCAGCAUCUGCGACAGCAAAUACAGCCGGAAAGAGAACCUACGAAUUCACCACCAAAAAAUACACACCUGAGAGAAGCCGUACAAAUACACUUAUGUCACAGAAAGUGGGUAGGAAGUUACAGGAUCCUCUGCCUCUGGCUUGCCUUGGCCAGAGUGGAGUCGCGAGAUCUCCUCGAGGGUAGAUGGGGAAAUCGUUUACACUGGUACGCCAUUUAAUUCUGCUAGUGUAGUCGUAACAUUUUAAAAGUGCUUUUUUGUAACGCCAUCUAGAUUCCAUGGUCAUUAGUUCAUUACUGAUUGGUAAUGAUCGUACAUUUUCCAACAUUUUUGGUGCAGCAGAGUGGUGUUAACGGAAUUGGUACAGAUAAUUUCAACUGAAAUGGUAAAUUAAGGGUAAUAUUAACGUAAUUAACGCUAAUUAAUCAUUAGGGUUGAAAUUAUUUAUAUCAGUUCCGUUAA